CUCAGGGUUGCAGCAGAACCCCCCCUUUCGUCUCCUCCACCCAUCACCGUUUUCCAGGAAAGUCACGCAUUUAUCAUCCAUUUCCACUCGCCUCCCCCUCUCCCAUCAUUCUGUAACCCACCCCAAGACUCGAACUGCAGUUUGCAUCUUCUCGCGGCCAGUUGCAUGCAUUUUUCGUCUCCCAAAAUGGUUUGCGAGACUAAGAUUGUUGCGGACGAACACGAAGCUAUACCUGGGACCAAAAAAGAGGCGAUGAUGUGGGGGUCUCCCCCCUCCGGCGCGGCUCUAAGCCCCGCCGAGCCCAAGGAUGAGAGGAAAGAUGGGGUUUUUAUCCGAGAGUUUGAGCGCGGGGACGAGGAGGAGGUGCGGCGCAUCUUCUGUGAGGGUAUCAUGGAGCGGAUACCCAACACAGCGUUCAGAGGGAUCAAGCAGCAGCCCAGGAUCCAGUUUUUCUAUGCUCUCCUAACAGUAAUGUGCUUUUACGUGACCAAAUCUGUCACGCUGACCUGCUGUGCACCACUUAUUCUCAUGGGUGCGCGCUACUACUACAGCAGGAAAGUAAUCCAGAAUUAUCUGGAGUGUGCUCUGCACACGGACAUGGCUGACAUCGAGGCUUACUACAUGAAACCCACAGGCUCCUGUUUCUGGGUGGCGAUCCUGGAGGGGCACAUAGUGGGCAUUGUGGCGGCUCGGGGUCACGAAGAGGAUAACGCCGUGGAGCUGCGGCGCAUGUCGGUGGACUCCCGCUACCGCGGCAAGGGGAUUGCAAAGGCCCUGGGCCGCCGUGUCCUGGAGUACGCUGUGCGCAACAACUACGCUGCCGUGGUCCUCGGCACAACGGCCGUCAAGCUGGCUGCCCACAAGCUGUACGAGUCACUGGGUUUCUGCAGAACGGGCCAGAGCGAAAACCACAGGCUACCCGGAAUGAGCCGCUCUCCACUGGAGAGGCUCUUCUUCCAGAUCCGCCACAGCCAGUACCGCCUGCAGCUCCGUGAGGAGUGAGAGGUGAUCGGAGGAGAGAGGGAGAUGGAGAGGGGGAGACGGUGGAGGCGGAGAAGAGGGACAGAGAGAGCAACAUCCCUCCUUCACCUGAGGGCCCCGGCUGCAUCCUCUCUGACAGCUUUUAUUUAUUUUCUGUCACUAUAUCGCUAAGCAACAACUCUGCUGUUACACCGUAAAGUCACUAACGUUUUGGUUACGUUCCUGCUUCUUUUGCUGUUUUUAUAAUAUAUUUUCAUAUUUUGAAUACAAGUUUGUUUCUUUACACUAUUUUUCUAUUUUUAUUUACCCCUCCAUUUCCAUUGUGGAAGAAACUGACCUUUUCAGACGGCAUCUAACUAAGAAACCUUUUAAGCUCCUAUAGCCUCAAGAUUGCAUUGUUCAGACCUAAGUCCUUUAUCAUCAUCAAAUGUUGUCCCACCAUUUUACUACUAACCCCUCCCUUCAAACUUCCCUAAAUGUUCCCACAGAACCCCCUUAGCCUGAUUGGUUUAGCCCCAGACGAGAGCAGCAUGACAUUUGCCUGAUUUUUGGGGAUAGGGUGGAAGUCUUUAAGAGAAAAGACACACAUCCAAAGUGUUUGGCUAAAGCACACGUUCCUUACAGCCUUGUUACACUUUGCAUGUGUAUCAUGUGGCCUCAAACACAAGUCAUUUUGGCUGUCAGCCAUUCCCUCAAGACACCAUCUUGAACCGCAGCAGGAGCGUGUUUCUGAGCCCUGAAGCGAGAUAGAGCCCUGACAGGAUGGUGAGCGGAACAUGUGCUGCGUCUCCUGCCAGUAAUUGGAAUCAACGCCGUGCAUCUUCCUCGCACGCACCCCUCUCAGCUCUCCUCAUUUUCUGUUUAAUGAUCUUUUCUGCUGUUUUUGUCAUUUCAUCACUCCUUUUAUUCCACACUGGAGAUGAAGAGAGGGCCUCUGAUUGGUUGAGGUGAAAGAAGGGUGGAGCUUUCUCUGCUAAAGUUCUCAAGCCACAAUAAAGCUGAAGCUCAGAGCUUGUGUGUGUGUGUGUGUGAAUGCAUGUAUGACUGCUGCGUAGCAUGUCACUGAAUGUGUGUGUGUGUCUAUAGAUGAGGCUUGACACAAACAAGCCUCUACAGUACGUGCUGAACUUUUUAUUUAGCUUAGAUAUAAAAAGGUUUCCCUAACUUAACAGUACUACUUUUUACGUACCUAUAAACUGUUUACUGAUUGAAUUAGGAUACAAUCUAACAUUUUUUUAUUUGUUGCCAAUUAAACCAAUCAUUUCAGAUUUUAUAAUAAAAAACAAAAACUUGCCACAUCUAAAUAUGCAAAUGUUAUCAAAACUACAAUUUCUAGCUUAAUUCAGGUGAGAAAACUAGUUGGAUACGACACAGCAAUACUUGCAAACCUGCAGUUCAUGACUGAGCACAAAGAUAAAAAAGAUCAUAAUCUAGACUGAUAUUUUCCCUUCUUCACAUUUGUAGGGUACAUGUAGGUUAACACUUAUGUAGCAAACGUUAAUGUUUCACACAAGGGUCUUGUCUUCAAUGUUCCUGACAAACAAAAUCAGCUCUUAAAACUCCCAUCAAACCGUUGGUACAAAGUGAAACAAAAUAAGCACACAAAUGUCAAAAAGAGAGAAAGUAUUACAAAGUUUUUGUCCCAAUGUUCUCACCAACCAUCCAUUCUUACAAACCCUUAAGACUCUUCCCUUUUCAUGAAUCUGUCUGCAACCCUGGGUGAGACCAACCCCUUCUACAUAAAAGCCCACAUCUCCUCCAUUCAGAACCUCAUCCAUUCCCGCUCCACCUCUGCAUGUGCCCUGAAGUCUUGCUGCACUGCUUUAGUUUGAAGCUUGUUGGACCAGCUCUAGAGCCCGUCCCCGUUCUCCUGUCGUCUAGGCAGUGUGACGCCCCCUCUGCAACAGGACAGGCUGGUGGGAGGACGUUGCACAUCAAGUGCAGUUGUGCGUGCAUGUGCUGUGAUGCAAAGCAAUGGGGGACUGACAGAGAAUGUGUGUGUUGCAGCAGACAAUAGGCUCGCCAGCUGCAGCACUGCCUGGAUGACGUUAUGCCUGCCAACCAACCAACUGUAGAAUGCAAAAAACAAUGCAAGUGUGGCAUGUCUCUGUGCCCAGCGUGUGAACGGUGCCUGCCUUGGAGAAGCGCAGAAUAACAACAACAUAUAUGUACUAUACUAAUAUAUAUAUAUAUAUAAAUAUAUGUAUGUGUGUGUGUGUUUAUGUAUACACACAAACAAACAUGAAAAUGGCAAGCCUCUUUUUUAAGAGUAACAUGUAAAACAAAUGUGUUUUUCUGAUCUAAAAGAAAAAAACAAAGAACCUUUGCAUGAAUCGUGUUUUUGAAUGCCACUGUAUCUGUAAAGGGAGAAACUCUACAUGACAUACAAUUAAAAGUUGUAGUUUUUAGAGGCUUUAUAUUACUUUAACUUGCAUUCAUUCCUUUCUCAUUACGACUGAAGUGUUAAAUGUAAUACCAGCCACAAAAACAAGAUCUUAAACAUUCUUUCGAGGCAGCCAAGCAUCGUUUAGCAGCUAUCCUAAAAACCCUUGCAGUAUUUGAAAUCAGCCAUGUAGCUUUAGUUUCCCUCUUUAACCUCAGACGGAGGUUCCAUGCAUGGAAUCGUCAUAUCUUUUAUUCAUCAGUUUAUGACAACAUUUUUAAAGUGGGUAUUUAACCUCAUGGCACUAGCCCACGGUGUAAAAUCCCUCAGCUUGUUACAAACAUAAAUCCGCAGGGUGAUCCAGGUCAUUUGCUGUGCUUCCUGUUCAAUGCCAUCAAACGUCUAAAAAUAUACAUGUUUGUGUUGUUCAAACUUCAAAUUGGACCACGUUAUACGUCGUUAAAAAUGGACUCAUGGGAUAGGCUGGGGCUUCUUCUUUCACUCAUUCUUAACAUAGAAAUAACAUGAACCCUGGUAACUAAAGUCAUUUCUAUUUUGUGAAUUCAUACUUUUGAAAAAUAUGCAGAAGCCCUUUUGGAUCAUUUCACUGAGCUGACAUGAGGAAGAUGCCUCACAUCCUUUAUAUCGCAAUUAUUAUUGAUCUGCUUUAUGCUUCAGAUUUGAUUAAUCUACGGCUCUACCAUCUAUUAAAUAAGGAAUAUGAUUGGGCUAUAUCAGAGGCAAAUAUAAAAGAAGUCAUACACAUGGUCAACUUUUAGGCCUCACAGAAUCAAACAUUAAUGUGAGAGCAGAAAGUUUGGCUAUAAUUUAUGCAAAAACAUCAGAGCACAGUCUGUUCCAUGACAGAUACAAGAAAACUGUUUCGAAUCAAAGAAGUUCCUUUUAUGUUAAUCUGUUACAAACUCCUUCAUGUAUACGAGGAAAAGACUUUUUAGAGGCCCUUUGCACUGCAACCCAUCGCUGGAUUUCAAACACCACACUGACCCAAUUUUAGCCUAGGAUUUUCUUCUAUAUUCACUGAAGUACUGAUAUCUUUAUGCAUUGACCUUGGAUUCCUCCAGUAGGAAUGUUUCCAAUUCUAUGCUUAAAUGUUCUGCUGAUGUACAAUCCAGAAUUAAUCUUGCGUCUUUUGUCUGGAUUGUUUUUGUUGGGAAUGCAAGUGACCUUUGGAGGAGUUUCAAGACAGUCUGCUGUAUCGUUGCCUUUGUUCAACAAAAACUAUUUUGGUGCUUUCAAACUUUGAAAAGAUUAUAAAAAUGAUUAAAUAAAUAAAUAAAAGGGGCAAAAACUAAUUUAUAGAAGCAAAAACUAAUCUCCAGCAUUUUUGAAAUUUAAUAGUAAAACUGUCACUUUUGAAAAAAAAAACUUUUCUUUAGUUUGUUAACGAAAAAGCAGUAUUUUAGUCAAAAUUUCACAAAUGUACAGACCCUGUUGGGUUACUCUGAUGGUGUCCCUGCUCCAUAAGUUUAAAGUCCCACUCCAAUCAUCUUUUGAUCCUUUUUAAAAGUGUUCCCAGUGGUCUCAUAAUUAUGAAUAUGCUGUUUUUAGCCCAAAUCAGAAAAUCUGUUGUUUUCUAGGACAUAGUUUCUGCAGAGCGGCAGUAGUUCAUUAGAAAUUCUCCACUGAGUUGUUAGUGUUGAACAACUCUGCCCCCCCCCUUGCCACAUCUCUGGUUUUGAGAGCUCGGAGAAGGAAGCUUGUGGCCCACCCAGCGCUUUUUCUACAUCACAAAUUUAUCAAAUGGCAUGUUUCCUCUGCUCCUGAUUCACAACAAUUUGAAUUAAGAAAUACCCACAAAUUAAGCUUAAUUUUCUUUAGAAAAACGCCAAAAGAACAUGUUAAAAAAACUUCAAAGUCACAAUUUUCAUUGGAAUGAGUCUUUAAGGAACGAUCCGCCAAAGGCAUGAACUUAAACUGCCGAUGUUUCCUUUAAAAAUUUGUCUUGGUUGCUUUUUACUUUAUGUAUGUAAAGAAAAGUGGAAAAAAGAACUGUCUGUGAUGCAAUAACUACCCCCAGAGCUGGUGUAAAUAGCUGUAUGUCUACUGACUGUCAAUGUUUUCUUUUUUACCACCUGUCAUAUUUGCUGGUUGGACGAAGCUUGUCUCGGAUAAAGGUUGCUGGCUGGAAUGUUCCACCUAAAGAGGAGGCGAAGGGAGGAAUGUGCUACACUGGCAGUCUAAAGAGGGGGUGCGUGGGGCAGAGGAGGUCUGCAGCCACACAGCUCCACAGCAUAGAAUCCCUCUCUCUCUACCUCCGCUGUUGAUUUUGUGACAAAAACAAAGACUCUGGACUGAGGCCACAAGUGCCAAAUACACAGAAGCACUUGUAGCAUAAGUGUAUCAUGUUGUGCUGAGAGUUUUGAUUUGCUUGGUUUUGUUUUCUUACCAAGGCUAUGGAUAAAGAAUCUCCUGUGUGAUGAAUGUGCAUACAGGAAAUGACAAUGUAAUGUAAAAUCCAUGCUGCAUGGCAUCCGUACUUUAGAUGUGUAGACUUGCCAAGAAUGAAAGUACCUGCUGCUUUUAUAGCCCCUCAUACAUUUAUAUUUUGUUGAACCCAAACCUGAUCGGUCGGAUUUGAAAAACAGACUGUGCAUGUGCCACCUUAUCGAGCAAUAAGUACAAAAAUGUUUUACCUGAAACCUAAAAAAUGCUGCAUUCAUUUCCUUUCUGUAGUACCUGUGUGCAGCGGUGAUGCCAUUACAGUAAGAUGGAAACUCACACCAAAAUCUAAAGGAAAGUUUUAACAAUUUCCAGUUUUUUAGGGUUUUUCACUCAAAAGUGUCAAAGAGUUGCUUUUUAAGUCGAGUGCACAUUUGACACCUAUGAAGAAAAUAAGUACAAUAGAUGCAAAAGAAUGAGAAGCUCAAGCAGACAGGGAAGGAAAAGACACAGGCGCUCUGAAAGCGUUAUAAGCUGCAAAUCCUUGUAAUGAAUUCAACCACACUUCUAAAAACUAUAAAGAAGAGCUGAUUUGCUGCAGAUGUCUUUAAAAUUUAUCAGCAUCUUCUACAAGUAAUAUUCAAAUCCAUUUUCAAAUAUUCAACAUUCACUUUACUAUUUGUAGUACCUCUAGAUUAUUUUCUUUUGCUUUUAUAACCAACACUGUAAAAUGUAUAGAAAUAUUUUUUUAAAAUACUCCUUGGUUGUGCAGGCGGAAUAAUCUUUACCAGCUUUUUCAGAAGGGAAGUGCUCAGCGUCUUUGUUUCUCAGUAAUGGUUCAGAUGCAGCCUUUCCUUGUCCUGCCUGUCUGCUUGAACUCUCAGGAGCAGCAGCUCUCUUAACUAAUAGCACACACCAGCUCAUGAAUAUCAUACAGCCACUCUCCAGCCGCAGCAAGCUGAUGCAGAGCAGCACCAGUCAUGGCAGAUUUUUUUGUUGCCAGGAAACCAAGAAACACAAAGCACAGCAUGGGGCUGAUAUGCAGCCACGGAGUCAGAUGGAUGGACCUUUUAGGGUUUGGACAAAGGAGUCUGGCCGCCAAUAAGGGGGAACUUUGAACUUGAGUUUGGAACGCUGACCCCAAAGUUUGGGUUAGCUUCGUGGCAGAAUCAGCAGAAAGAAUGAAGUUUCACCCCUAGACGGUGGCAUUCGAUUCAAAUGUUAACCAGAUCUGAAGGCAGAUGGGGGCAAAGGAAAAGCCGGUUCAUUCAUUCUACUCUGAAGUCACUGAAACUGCAGCGGCAACCUGACUUUCUUCAUUCAAUCUAUCUGCUUUUAGUUUUUUUAUGCUAUUCUUUUUGAAAACUGCUGUAUUACAACAUCGGGACUAGUACUAUUAUUAUUGUAUCUAUUAACUCUUUCUUUUAUACUGACAAGACUGAAAUUGUAUAGAUGUAAAGAUGGGAUAUCUUGAAUUAUGAAAUGACCGAGACAUGGAUGUACAUAUACUGUAUUAAUUAAAAAAAAACAACGCUUUAAACUUUUA